AUGGCUGCAGCGCCUGGGGCUCUGUACUGUGGCCGCAGCCAGCAGCGUGCAGGGACCGUGCAGGCAAGCGAGCAGCCCCUCGCUACCUCUUGCCAUCCAGCAUCACCCACCUCCCACUUUUUCCCGGGAAAGCUGCAAGCCAGUGUUGAUCCGUUGGUGCUGGGAGCAGAGCUGCCUCCUGCCAGGCAGAGGUUGAGGCUAGGCUCAUUCUCUUGCAGGCUGGGUCACAAAAAGGUCCCUCACGGCACUUCUUGCGGGCCUGCUGCUGCCUCCAGAGCUCAAAACUGCAGCUAGUGGUACAUGAUAAUCCAGCUAGAGCGAGCGAGACUGUGAUUCGGAAGCAGAUGAAAGAUGCUGAGAAAGUUUUGGUCGCACUGGCAGCGUGAGCAGUAGCCAGCGCAGCAGCAGAGGGGAUGAAGGGAGGCGGAGGUCGCCGGCAGCAUGCAUGUGGUCCAGAAUGAAUACUUUUUUGCUGAGCUAUUAUUUCUUCCAUAGACAACAUGCCAGUGUCAAGAAUGCGCAUGAGGCCCUGGCUGGAAAUGCAGAUUAAUUCCAAUCAAAUACCGGGACUGACAUGGAUUAACAAGGAUAAGAUGAUGUUUCAGAUCCCUUGGAAACAUGCAGCUAAGCAUGGCUGGGACAUGGAGAAGGAUGCCUGCCUCUUCCGGAGCUGGGCUAUUCAUACAGGAAGAUAUAAAAUAGGUGAGAAAGACCCUGACCCUAAAACCUGGAAAGCAAACUUCCGCUGUGCUAUGAACUCCUUGCCCGAUAUUGAAGAAGUGAAGGACAAAAGCAUCAACAAAGGCUCCAGUGCAGUCAGAGUGUACCGAAUGCUGCCGCCCCUGACGAAGGAUCAGAAGAAAGAAAGGAAGUCAAAGUCAUCAAGAGAAGCAAGAAACAGGAGCAAAAGAAAGUCGUAUGAAGACAUGAAGACAGAGGAGUCAGUAGAAAGUCUAACCAGUACUACUCUACCGGACGACCACAGUGGUUACACAGUACAUGGCUACACGGGCCAGGAAGUGGAAGUGGAGAGCACAUCCAUCACCUUAGACCUCUCGCCCUGCGAGGUGAACUGCUCCCUGACCGACUGGAGGACGCCCAUGGAAAUUGCCAUGGCCGACAGCACCAACGACCUCUACCAGCUCCAGGUGUCCCCCCCAGCUUCGUCCUCAGAAGCAGUCACAGACGAAGAUGAUGACGAAAUGAAAUCGGACAUUUUCAAGCUGCUGGAGCCAGUCCAAGAAUGGCACGCGACCAGCGUCGAGGGGAAAGGCUACCUCACCAACGAGCCCGGCACGCAGACCUUGUGCAGCGGUUACACCUACAAGGAGCAGGACGCCGAGAUCGACACAACUUCAGGAGAACUAGGCUUCCGAUUCUUUGACCAGAAAAGCAGCCUGGACUUCUCGUGGCUGGAGACGGUCAGACCCACCAUGCAAGCCAUCCCCUGCGGCUUGUAGGCCGCUGGCUCUCGCCAACCACCAUCCCAUGACUCCUUUACAGCCCUGAUGAGAGUGGAAGUUGUUUGUUACUGACUGGAAGCAGAAAGUAGCUUUUAUAUUCCGUUUAACUCUUAAGCCUGAAAAAAUUUAGCAAGAGAAACCUCAAUUUUAAAAAAAUUAAAAAGAAAAAAAGGGAGGGGGGAAUCCUAUCGCAUUAGCAGCACUCUUUGCAUUGAAGAUGGCCGGCUAAGCCGUCGCCCAUGUGUGAUAGUCACUUCCGAUGCAAAACUCUUGCUGUAAUGUUGCUAAUGUGAGCUGGGGCCCGGAGCGUGCGUGGGGUGCUGUGCGCCAGGGAGGAGGUUGCUGUCCCCCGGGCAAGAGGCGACGAGCACUUUACCCUGGGAGUGCUUAGGAGACGCAGUGCAAAGGGGUCUCCAACCCAUUCGUUUUGGUUGCUGCUUACCUGUGCAACACUGGUGAAGCUACGAGCUUCAAGAUUGUCAUUACACUCUUUAAGAGUCAGCAGAAAUUGCACUAACUGGCCCUCUCCUUUGAUUUACUCCAGCACCACAUAGUUCAUCUUUAGCUCAGUUCUUUAAAACUUGUGUAAAUAGGUUUAGACCAAUAAAAUGUGAAAAUUCAGUUUAGGCUUUGCUUCUGUGUAGUACACAUAUUCAGGGGAGCCGCUCGUAGGCCGUUAUCCUGCUAGUAGGCAUGGCAUAUCUAUUUUUCCACAUAAUAGGUGAAGAGCUGCAGCAUGAGACAAUUUUUGCACUGAUGGGGCAGAACUUCUUAUUUAUACGCUGCCUUGCAGAGAUCCGUUCUACCGCUCGUCAUGCUAGGAGGGUGCCAGCAGUACUGUAUGCAGUAAGCUGUAGCGAGAGUUGAACCGCGCUGGCUGCGCGGUUGCAGGAGAGUGCCGAAUGGAAGAGGUUCUAGUUUAUGCAUUGUUCAUAGGAAUUGAAUCACUAAGCUGUAAUAGAA